GUGUACCGGGACCGGACAGAAGAUCCCGGAGGACCCUCCUACAGACGCCGACAGACAGACAGACAGACAGACAGACAGACAGGUGAUGAAGAUGGUCUCCUCCCCGCAUCUCCGCUGCCUCCUCCUCCUCCUGUCCCUCACCGCCUCCAUCAGCUGCUCCUCCGCCGCCCAGAGAGACUCCAAACUCCGCCUGCUGCUGCACCGGACCCCGCUGCUGGGCUCCAAACAGGACACGUCUCGGGCCUCGCUGGCAGAGCUGCUGCUGUCCGACCUCCUGCAGAUGGAGAAUGAGGCUCUGGACGAUGACAGCUUCCCUCUGGCUGAAGGAGAACCCGAAGAUGUCCGAGUGGACCUGGAACGAGCUGCUGCAGGCAGCGGGCCGCUGCUUUGCUGUAUGGCACGACCUGAAGACGUUCACACCAGACGUCCUGAGAAUAUGUCUGAGCUGAAGCAGCUCUGUCAGGAAGAACAGUCCGAAGCUCCUCCUGAACGUGGUGCAGGUCUGAUCCACAGCCACAGGAAGCGCUGGCUGGAGGUCAUUGGUGACAAAGGUGGUUCAACCAGUUGUCAUGACUUGGUCCACGAAGUCCCAUGA